AUGGAGGCCCCGGCGGUGGAACCGCUGCAGCACGCGGCGGCCGCCCUCACGGAGCUGGUAGACGAGGCUGCUCCGCCAUCCACUCGACCCUCGGACAUCCCCGAGGCCUUCCUCUGCCCGAUCACCUUCGCGCUGAUGGACGAUCCGGUCGUGAUGAUGGACGGGAUGACGUACGAGCGCCGCGCCAUCGAGAGGUGGUUGAGCAAAGGCCACACGACCUCGCCGCUCACUGGUGCGGAGCUCCAGUCGACCGUGCUCAUCCCAAACAACCUCGUGCGCAGCCAGAUCCGGGAGUAUCGGGCGCAGCAAUAA